AUGCGAGGAAAAACUCCAGUUGAAGAAUUGCAUUUUGAUCCUGAAAUUGAAAGAACGGCAAGGAGGAACAAUAGUAGAACAAGAAGGCUUAGAAAGUUAGAGAGACUCCAAAAACAACAACAAGAUCUUCCAAGUUCUUCUACUUCAUCAAAUCAACCACACCUUGAAACAGAAAUGGCUGAAGAAAGAACAGGCACUCAUAAUGGUGGACAUGGACCAGCUAGGCCUCCUAGAAGGACCCUAGGUGAUUACGCACAACAACAUGGUCCUAGGCAUUUCUCUAGCAUUGCAGCUCCAAAUACUUCUAGAGCCAUGGAGAUGAAGCCUGCAUUCCUUACUUUGGUUAGCUCACAACAAUUUGCUGGCCUUGAUCAUGAGGACCCAUACUUACACCUUUCAAAUUUCUAUGAGUUAUGUGGAACAAUGGGAAUUCCUGAAGGUGAUGAGGAAGCUGUAUACUUGAGGUUGUUUCCAUUUUCUCUAAUAGGAAAAGCUAAAGUUUGGUUACAAUCUCACCCGAAUCAAAGUUUGACAAGCUGGGGUGAUGUGGAAAAAAAGUUUGUGAAUAGAUUCUAUCCUUCAUCCAAGUAUAUUAAGGCCAAAUCAGAAAUUACUACUUUCAGGCAAGGUGCAGAUGAACCAUUUUGUGAAGCCUGGGAAAGAUUUAAGUCAUUACUCAGAAAAUGUCCUAACCACAGGUUUGAGGAUAUAGCUCAACUCAAUUUCUUUGUUAAUGGAAUCAAGACUGAGGUGAAAAUGUUAUUGGAUGCAGCAGCUGGUGGCACCAUGAUGACAGUAAGCCUAGAGGAAGCUACUCAAAUCAUAGAAUCUUUGGCAUCCUCUGAUCACCAAGCAGAGCAUGGAAGACACAAAUCUCAUAAAAGAGGAGUUCUUGAUCUAAGUACAAAUGAUGUAAUCCUUGCUCAAAACAAGAUGCUAUCUCAACAAAUUGAAGCAUUGACUAAGCAGAUGGCCAAGAUUCCACAGCAGCUUCACGCUAUUGCUUCUUCCCCAGCUCAAUCAAAUUCUUCUUUAAAGUGUGAUUUUUGUGGGGGAGAUCAUCCCAAUGGCCACUGUUCUGAGAACUCAAAUGAAGAAGAGGGAAAUCAAGGUUGGAGGAACAAUAACAACCAGGGAUAUGGAUGGAGUAAUGAAGCUCGACCAUCCAAUAGGCCACCACCACAACAACAUCAACAACAACGGCCUGCUUAUCCUUAUAUGCAUGAAAGAACCAGCAAAUUGGAGGAUACUCUGAACCAGUUCAUGCAAGUAUCUAUGAACAACCAGAAGAACAUAGAGGCAUCCAUCAAGAAUUUGGAGGUGUAG